UCUUUGACCGACCUUAUCCAACUCCCUUCAAGUCCUCCACAUUCAUGAUAUUGAUCGCAAGCCAAAAUAAUCACAGAACGCUCACACAGCCGCAGUGAUGGUUUGAUCAACGGCCUGACGCUAUCCCUCUUCCUCGUCCGCAUUGAUGCCAGAAUGUUGACCAAAGGAUGCACUACUCGCGCAAGAUUAACAGUUAUUGUUAGCUUCGCCCACCACGACCGCCGGCCUAGCCUCCGCGGGCUAUCACCCACCGUGGAUGGCGGAGAGACGGCCGUGAUCCGUCUUCGAGCCAGUGCAUCAUGGACGCGCGAUGAUGCGCGUUGGUGCGAAGUCCACUCGCAUGCCUGGGGCUUACGCGACACUGCGGAGGUGAUGCACCCGGGAGGGACGGAUGUGUAUCACGGCGCGUGCGAGCCCGCGCUCCUCGCGCACCUUCGACGAGGUCGUCCAUCUCGUCUGGUCACUCCGGCGGGGCUCCCUUUCGCUUUCGACGACAGGCUGGCCUCCUCCCCCUCGCCGCUCUUCCUUCGCUGCUCCCGGUGAGCCCUGCUUUGCUUCUUGGGCUGGUCUCGGACGCGUCCGUUCGUUUCGCUUUCGUUGCUGUCCGCCGUUCCUCUUUGUUCGCUCCUCGCGCGGCUCGGUCCUCGGUGGAGUGUGGUUGGAGAACGUCACGGUCCUCUUUAACGUCGCUCAAGAACAAGCUUUAUUCCCUUCUCCGUGUGGAUAUUGGACCCUUUUCUGCAUCUCUGUUUAGCCUUCCGUUUGACGACCUUUGCUUUCGAUGUCUGACUCUACGAACGACACUCCCUUGGAUCCCAGUUCCUCGCCCGCGUCCCCUGACCCUAAUUCAAACGGUUCGGAUACGAACCCCACGGACCCUGAUCUCGCGGAUCCGAACUUGAACAACCCGGACCCCAACGCUGGCAGCCCAGUCGACCAGGCUGGUGAUGGCACGAACACCGACCCGACCUCUGGAGCUACCGGAGACCCGACGGACACUUCAGCUCAGGAUGGCUCCGACGCUGGCAAUGCCGAUGGGACGCUCCCGCCCAAUGGUGUGAGCACGCCUUUGCCGGGCAUUCCGCCUCAAACUGCGCUUCCGAUUCCCACGCCGGUGACUUUGGGGAGUAGCCCGUCUUCCACUCCAAAUGCCCUUCCCGAUAAUGGCAGCAAUGGCAGCGAUAAUCAACCGCAUAGCUUAGGUGGCAAGAGCGAUGACAACACCAAGACGAUCAUCAUCGCGUCUUCCGUGAGCGGAGGUGUCGCUCUUAUUCUCAUCCUGCUCGUGAUCAUCUUCGUGUACCGCCGGCGCAACAACAAACGCAGGAACGCGGAGUUCGUCGACGCUGUUGCACAACCACAGCUCAAGCGCGGUGAUAGCAACGCGACCUGGAUCGGGCCGAAGACCGACUCCUCUUCAUUCGAUGAGAGCAAGCUCGAAGCGGGGAACCGGCACAGUGACGCCAGUAUGGAAUCCGAGGCCACCACUCUCGCCGACUUCGCGGCCGCACGCGCGAAGUCAGGCGCGUUCAGCACUCCGUCUCAUACUCCGCGCCCGUCCUUGGAUAAGAUCAAGACCCAGGUGGAGCCCAUGGUCCCGAGCGACCCCUUCGAGCGGCCGCGCCUCUCCAUCGUGGAGAAGCCCAGCACCUCCCUCGACCAGUCAGCCCCUCAUCCGGUACCCGCUCCGCGCAAGCGGAAGAGCGGUGCUCCCACGAUUCGUAUCAACUCGAACAGCACCUUCAACGGCUCCGUGGAGAUCGAGCAGGGCUACGCGAUGGGCCCGCAGUCGCCCGGAUCGCCCAUGCUGCCGCUCGUCACGCCCAUCGAGCCCCCGGCCGGCUGGCGUCCUAUGUCGUACAUGCGCGCGCCGUCGCGCCGCGACUCGAUGGUCUCGCUCUCGCGCCAGUCUUCCCGGGCGUCCUCGCGCAACUCGCAGGUCUUCGAGCCGACGGACACCCAGAGCCCGAAGAGCGGCAUCAAGGGGACGUUCUCCGCGCUCGCGAAGAAGCGCCGCUCGCGCGCGGACAGCAUCGACCCGUUCCGCAAGUCCGCCGCCACGAUGAUGGCCGCCGCGCGCCGCAAGUCGCGCGCGGAGAGCAUUGCAUCCAGCCGUCACAACGGGGGCGCGCCCGGUGCCCGGCGUAAGUCUCGUGCGGAGAGCAUCGCGCCACCGACUACCCCGGGCGGCCGUCGCAAGUCCCGCGCAGGCAGCAUUGCCCCGCCCAUGACGCCGCGCCGCAGGUCCCAGGCGGCGCAGCGCGUCGAGAGCGCCGUCUUUGCAUCUUCCCCAGUCGAGUUCAUCGGCCUCCCAAAGACACCCCGUACCCCCACUGCCGCCGCACGGCGUUCCCGCGGGGCUGAGCCCCGGACGCCCGUGGCGCGCACACCGCACACCCCCAGCGCCCCGCGCGAGCUUCCGACCCCUGUUCCGCGCGAGCCGCGCACACCUGCUACAGCGCGGACGCCCCGCACCCCGGCCACCUCGCGCGGCGAGCCCCGCACGCCCCGCACGCCUGGCGGACACCCACGAAGGCCCUCGGCAAGCGUGCCCCGCACCCCGACGUCGCUCGACGACGCGGUCGCGUGGAGCACGGUACCCUUGCCGCCGAUCCCGGCUGAGCCGCGCCCGCUCCCACAGGUGCCGAUGUCGGCGCGCGCCGAGCUGCGCUUGUCGGGCCUCUCGCGAACGCUGUCUGAGGUGUCGAGGGAGUCCCCGAUCUGAUAGGUCGCAGAUGACCUGUUAUGUUGGCGACUGUGGCGUAUGGAGCCUUGGUUGGGCUCUUGUAGGACUAUAUACGCGUAUGACAUUCACGAGCGUGGAUUUUGUUGUACGAGUAUUAUGCUCGAUGGGUUUGCCGCUGGGAUGGUGUCGGCUUUACUGCUCAAAACCGGACCGGGUUGUGCAGUAUGUUAAAAACUUGCUGCGC